AGUGAUACCCAACAAUUACAACGCCCACAUCUACACAAAACCUGAUUGCAGGCUCACGAUACACGACAUUUUCUUCUGGCUUCGAGCCAUAUACAAGGCUAUAGUCACGACACAUAAUGACUUCAUUUGACGCCUACACCGACCGCGCAGCCAAGGCUCUGGCCGACAGCUUCGACCUAGCCAAGGGCUAUGCGCACUCACAACUCACACCUCUCCACCUCGCUGUGUCGCUCAUAGAUCCCCCCAAGGACCUGGCGAAUACCGUCGAUGUUCCACCACCACCGCUAUUCAAGCAAGUCCUCGAACGCGCGAAUGGCGACCCUCAACUCUUUGAGCGCAACCUCAAGAAGGCUAUGGUACGGUUACCAAGCCAAGACCCUCCGCCAGAGCGCACAUCACCUUCACCCGCAAUGGCCAAGGUCCUACGCUCUGCCGAGGAGUUGAGCAAGACUCAAAAGGAUAGUUUCAUCGCUGUCGAUCAUCUCAUCCAGUCGCUAUGCCAGGAUGCUCAAUUGCAACGCAUACUCGCCGAUUCGAACGUACCGAACACGAAGCAGAUCGACAAUGCUAUCCAAGCACUUCGAGGCACAAAGCGGGUGGACUCCAAGACGGCAGAUGCUGAGGAGGAGAACGAGAACUUGAAGAAGUUCACCAUCGACAUGACGGCAAUGGCACGAGAGGGCAAGAUUGACCCUGUCAUUGGCCGAGAAGACGAGACACGAAGAGUUAUCCGCAUCCUGACUCGGCGAACCAAGAACAACCCUGUUCUCAUCGGAGAGCCUGGUGUUGGUAAGACUACAGUCGUCGAGGGUCUUGCCCGCCGAAUCGUCGACGCCGACGUACCAGCCAAUCUUGCCGCCUGUAAGUUGCUCUCUCUCGACGUUGGUGCUUUGGUUGCUGGCAGCAAGUACCGUGGAGAGUUCGAAGACCGCAUGAAGGGUGUGUUGAAAGAGAUUGAGGACUCCAAGGAGAUGAUAGUACUCUUCGUGGACGAGAUUCAUCUGCUCAUGGGUGCUGGUUCUUCAGGAGAAGGUGGUAUGGAUGCCGCCAACUUGCUGAAGCCUAUGCUGGCUCGUGGACAGUUACAUUGUAUUGGUGCCACCACUCUGGGCGAGUACCGAAAGUAUAUCGAGAAGGACGCUGCCUUUGAGCGUCGUUUCCAGCAGGUACUCGUCAAGGAGCCUUCCAUCCCGGAAACUAUCUCCAUUCUGCGUGGUCUCAAGGAGCGAUACGAGACCCAUCACGGUGUCACCAUCAUGGACGGUGCCAUUGUCGCAGCCGCUACCCUCGCCGCACGUUACCUUACCCAACGACGACUGCCCGAUUCGGCUGUCGAUCUCAUCGAUGAGGCUGCAGCAGCCGUCCGCGUUACACGAGAAUCACAACCAGAAGCGCUUGAUAAUCUCGAGCGACGCCACCGACAACUCCAGAUUGAGAUUCAUGCUCUUUCCCGAGAGAAGGACGAAGCCUCACAAGUCCGUCUCAAGGAUGCCCGCGCGGAGGCUGCCAACAUCGAGGAGGAGCUCAAGCCACUUCGCGAGAUGUACGAGCGCGAGAAGGGUCGCAGCAAGGACAUCCAGGAGCAGAAGCUCAAGCUUGAAGGCCUCAAGACCAAGCUUGCCGAAGCUGAGCGUAUGCGCGAUAUCCAGACUGCGUCCGAUCUCAAGUACUACGCCAUUCCCGAUGUUGAGCAGCGCAUCGCUGAACUGGAACGCGACAAGGCCCGCGCAGAUGCAGAGAUGUGGGCACACCAAGCUAGUGGCGGUGGUGAAGCUCUCAUGAGCGACUCGGUUGGACCUGACCAGAUCAACGAGAUCGUCGCUCGCUGGACCGGUAUUCCAGUCACACGUCUCAAGACGACUGAGAAGGACAAACUACUCAACAUGGAGCGUCAUCUCCAGGAAGUCGUUGUUGGCCAAAGGGAAGCUGUAGUUUCAGUCUCCAACGCCAUCCGUCUUCAACGCUCCGGUCUCGCCAACCCGAACCAACCACCCAGUUUCCUCUUCUGUGGUCCUUCCGGUACUGGUAAGACACUUCUUACCAAGGCUCUUGCUGAGUUCUUGUUCGACGAUGCAAAAGCCAUGAUUCGAUUCGAUAUGUCCGAGUACCAGGAGCGACACUCUCUUAGCAGAAUGAUCGGUGCACCGCCCGGCUAUGUCGGUCACGAUGCAGGUGGUCAGCUCACUGAAGCCCUUCGUCGCAAGCCCUUCUCCAUUUUGCUCUUCGACGAAGUCGAGAAGGCCGCCAAGGAGGUUCUCACCGUCCUCCUUCAACUUAUGGACGAUGGUCGCAUCACCGACGGCCAAGGCAGAGUCGUUGACGCAAAGAACUGCAUUGUCGUCAUGACCUCCAACUUGGGUGCUGAACAUCUUUCUCGCCCCAACGCACCAGACGGCAAGAUCGACCCUACUACCAAGGAGAUGGUCAUGGGUGCGUUGCGCAACUGGUUCCUCCCUGAAUUCCUCAACCGUAUCUCCUCGAUUGUCAUCUUCAACCGCCUCACCAAGCGCGAGAUCCGCAAGAUUGUAGAUGUCAGGCUGGGCGAGAUCCAGAAACGUCUCAACCAAAACGGACGCAACGUGCGCAUCGAGAUGACGCCGGAAGUGAGGGACUACCUUGGUUCGGCAGGCUACUCGCCAGCCUACGGUGCCAGACCGCUUGCUAGGCUCAUCGAGAAGGAGGUACUCAAUCGUCUUGCCGUACUCAUCCUUCGCGGUUCCAUCAAGGAGGGCGAGGUGGCGAGAGUGGUGCUCGAAGAUGGUCACAUCCUGGUGCUGCCUAACCACACGGAUAGUGAGGAUGACUCGGAGAUGUACGAUGAGUCCGAUGCUGUAGCGGAGCUGGACGAUGAUGGUGGUGACAUGGAUCUCUACGACUAAGUGCGUAGUAAGCUCCAUUGAGAUUGGUUAAAGGCAUUUCAGCAUUGGCGUUGAUGGAUUAAUAGGGUUUUCUUUCUACAUUGCAUGCUCUGGUAAAGCAUAUAAAUGGGUCUCAUGAGUUACGGGUGAUGAUUGACAGCGCAAUGGUAGAGGCGCUACAUUGGCGUUUGGGCCAGGAUAUUUGAUGACCUUACUCUGUACAUAGUUAAUAUGACGCAUACUUCAAACUGUA